AUGCAAACCAAAUCAAUCCACUGGUCCGGCCGUUCAAACCUCAUGAGCCGCUCAGCGCAUUCAACGCCGCCGAUCGCCGAGGGCUUCGCCAACACAUCGCCGCCGGUGACCCCCACUUCCCCUCCGAACAACGGCCCCGGCACGCACCCUUCCGCGAAAAGCCAGGCCCCACAGACCCCAUUUCCCCUCACCCUCUUCUCGAAUCAGCCAUCAACCCCGCGCCCUCCAACAUCCAAUGUCUCCCUCUCGCUCCAUCACGCCAUCGCAGCACCCUUUCCUUCAACACCGGGACGUCUGAGCAUGAGCAGCAGACCCGUCCUGCGCGCUCUCUUUGCCUCAUCGCCCAGUCGCGCCAUUCUCCGCUCAGCCGCCCGGACGACCACGCACCGCCUGCCCGCCCUCGCCGCUCAUCGACCCCCACCGCCGCCGCCGUUCUCGACGUCCGCCUCCCCCGCCAUGGCCGCCUCGUACACGCCCAGCCCCGUCCUGCGCGCGCCGCGCGUCACCAUCGCCUGCGUGCAGAUGGCCGCGGGCGCCGACAAGGCCGCCAACCUGUCGCGCGCCGCGUCUCUCGUCUCGCGCGCCGCCAGCACCACCGGCGCCAAGAUCGUCGUGCUCCCCGAGUGCUUCAACUCGCCCUACGGCACCAACUUCUUCGCGACCUACGCCGAGCCGCUGCCACGGUCUCCAGCGUCGCAGCCGCCACCGGCCGACGAGGCGCCCUCGUACCACGCGCUCGCCGCCAUGGCGCGCGACGCCAGUGUGUUCCUCGUGGGCGGGUCGGUGCCGGAGCGCGAGGCCGCGACGGGGCGGCUAUACAACACGAGCCUGACCUUCGGCCCGGACGGCGCGCUGCUCGCCGCGCACCGCAAGGUGCACCUCUUCGACAUUGACAUCCCCGGCAAGAUUGCCUUUAAAGAGUCCGAGGUGCUCUCCGCCGGCGACGCGCUCACGCUCGUCGACCUCCCCGGCAUCGGGACGAUCGCGGUGGCCAUUUGCUACGACGUGCGCUUCCCGGAGCUGGCGACGGUGGCGGCGCGCAGGGGCGCGUUCGCGCUGGUCUACCCGGGCGCGUUCAACCUGACGACGGGCGCGCUGCACUGGGAGCUGCUGGCGCGGGCGCGCGCGGUGGACAACCAGCUGUACGUGGCGGUGUGCAGCCCGGCGCGCGACAUGGCGGCGUCGUACCACGCCUGGGGCCACUCGAUGGUGGUCAGCCCGAUGGCGAAGGUCCUGGCGGAGGCGCAGGAGGACGAGGCCAUCAUCAGCGCGGAGCUGGUCAGCGAAGAGAUUGAGGAGGCCCGCAGAAACAUCCCGCUGCGCACGCAGAGGCGGUUCGACGUGUAUCCGGAUGUGGCGCAGGGCAAGCAGUAA